AAAGAUUUGGGGUCAAGUGUAAUUUAAUAAAGAUCUGGUAAAAACCUCUUAUGUGGACACUUACAAAGACGCUGAAAAUCUGCAGAGCAAGAAAAGCAUAGAAAUCCAAGAAUGGAUCCUCGUCUCUGGCACAAAGCUGCUGCUGUUUCUGGUGUGGCGGCUCUUGCUUUGGGAACGUAUGGUGCCCAUGGAUUCAAACCUAAGAACCCUUCUUACAAAGAGGUCUGGCACACAGCAUCUCUAUAUCAUUUGGUUCACACAGCUGCUCUUGUUGCUGCCCCUAUGACCAAACACCCUAAUAUUUUUGGAGGCCUUUUGACUACUGGAAUCCUGGCAUUUUCCGGGACUUGUUAUGUCGUUGCAUACUUAGAAGACCGAACAUAUUCGAGAUUGGCCCCGUUUGGAGGGUUUGCCUUCAUCGGUGCUUGGGCAAGCCUGUUGUUCUGAGUAAUUCAGCUUCCGAAAUGACAUGUAAUCGUGAUACUUGUGAAGCCAAAUCGGCAGCUUUGCUGAGGUUGUCUGGAACAUAUCGUGGAGAAUAAUCCCUGUACUAUUUGUACUCGUGAUGACGUGAACUUACCGAUCAAAUGAAGGUACAUAAAUCUUUCAUUUUUAUAACAAUUUUGUACUUAAAACAUAUUUAUAUACUAUAUUUAUCCCCUUAUAAUUA